ACGAUCAGGAGUAUAUCGAGACGCACAGUUCAGAUGCGAUCGUAAAAGCCUCAUGACGUGUCUCAUCGUGCGUGCUUGGAUGGAUUGGACGGGUAGGAUUCAAGGCUUACAGGAUGGGAUCAUUCGAUCUCUGUGGCUCCUGCGCUAGGUCGCCCUCUUCGUCGUUCUUCUUCUCCCUUGCUCAGCCAGACUUCUUUGCCGCUUCGUUGGUUGCUUCGCCGCAUCUUCUUAUUCUUCUGGUGUUUUGCAUGAAGUCGUCUAGGAAGCAAGGGCAAGACAUUAAACCCAGCUCUCACGGACGACGGUCACGAAGAUAUUGCCAAGUGGAAGGAUGAAAUAGCCAGCAAGAAAUGGCCCAACAAAGUGUAGAUUCUAAAACUGAGCCUGGUCCAGGCAGCUCUAAAACAGGUUUGCCAGGUGAUAAGCUAUUGACUGCUACAGUGAAGAAGACAGCAUUGAGAGAGCUGCCGAAUGAUAAUAGGGUCACAGUUUCAGCCUCUAUUGGAGGCUCCUCAAUUUUAAAGGAGAAGGGCCGCUGUACUGAUUCUAAUAGAGUUUCAGGCACCAAGAGACCCUCUUCUGAGUUCCCAAUGAAUCACAAUCACCCCCAAUCUCCAGGCAAUAAUGCUGGAAAUGGACAUCUUGUUUAUGUACGUAGAAAAGCUGAAGCAGACUUGGGCAAGAGCACUGCUUGUGGGAACCCGAGUAGUAGUGCCUAUAGUCCAAUUUCAGGUUCCAGGCAACCUGGUGAAGAUGAGACUGCUCAACCAAAAUCUCAGAUAAAGGAGCCAAAGGUCUCUUGUUUUCCUGCUUUUGCACCUUUUCCAAUGACUUCUUCUGUGAGCUCAUCUGGUAAACCUUCAGUUCCUUUCUCAAUUGGAAACUCUGCUAUGCGGUUAGCACCAGUAGAGUCCAGUUUUGCAACUGCUGGUCCUGCUAUUGGCAAUACAACAAGACCAAAAAAUGCACACUGGGAGGAUCAAUACCACCAAUUGCAGAUGUUUUUGAGGAAAUUGGACCAAUCUGACCAAGAAGAAUAUAUCCAAAUGCUUCAGUCACUCUCCUCGAUUGAGCUCAGUAGACAUGCUGUUGAGUUGGAAAAGAGAUCUAUUCAGCUUUCCCUGGAGGAAGCUAAAGAAUUGCAGCGGGUUGCUGUUUUAAAUAUCUUGGGAAAAUCAUUGAAAAACCUCAAAGCACCAGCAGAUAAUCACAACAGUUCAGAGAAGAAGGCAUCAACAUAAGGAAUGCUUGAUUACAUAUUUCAUUAUCUUUGUAUUUUUUCCUUAUGAUCUUUCUGCUCUCUUGCUUCUAGUGAGUGCUGGGUAAAGUUGGUGAUUGUUGUUCUGUUGUUUAUCUGGUGUUAACAUGCUGGGUUUUUCAUAGUGAUUAUGAAGGGCCCUUGGCUGUCAAAAGCGGAAAAAGGGGGAUUUGGCUGCUACUAUUGUGUAUUUAUUUAUAGGAUUGGCUACCCUGCAUUGUUGUUCAUUAAAAUGUCAAUUCUGUGCAAAUUUCAUUUGUAAGUCAUGUUUCAAUAGAUGUGCAUUAUGUGACCAAUGAA